AUGUCAAUCACCUCGCCCACGGCCUCUGCAAAGAAGGCCAUCCACAAGAUAGACAUCGCCCAGGUCUCUCUCAACCUCCAGGAUCGUCUGGGGCUCGCCAAAGUUCGCUAUGAGCGUCUACACGGCGUCCACAGAGACAGAGACUCCCUGCCGCCAGACUCUGACAGCCGCCCCCAGAGCCAGCACAAUGUCUACCCGAGCGAGACAGGGUCGGACUGCUCCUCCUCAGAAUCCGUGGACGUCCGGUACUCUACUCCCUUUACCUCUUCGCCCGUACGCACUCCCGUGCUGAGCAAGGAGCUGCCCCGGUCCUCCCGCAGUCGACAUGCGGCCACCUUCGACAUCAAGGCGAUGCAGUGCAUGACUUCUGGCGGCAGUGCUCGCAAGAGACGGCGCUGUGAUCCGGCCAUGACGGUAGCGGUAGCAGCAGCAGCAGAGGCAGAGGCAGAGACAAGACAUCAGACCCUGUCCAAGAUGCCCCGACUGUCGUUCAACACUGCCUCAGCUGCGCCGCAGUCCUCACCCCUGACCAGACGACAGCAGCAGCGAAGGACGUACCAGACCAUGCCCUCCUUUGUCUCGGAGUCAGAUACCAUUCCCGACCCGGACAUCGACAGGCACCUCGACAGCAAUGCCGACAUUGACCCGCAGCUAUCAAACAGACACCACCACCACCAGCAACAAGAGCAACAGCAACCAUGCACACCACCUCCUCGCCGAACCCGCUUCUCCAGCACCAACCGCACAGAGGAAGACGCAGCAGGCUCGGGCUCCGGCGCAGAUCUACUCCUCUACCUGGCCAACUCACCCACCCCAGCAACCAUCAACGGCAAACCCGCCACCUCCACAGCCGCUUCCCACGCAAACACACACGCAGACUUCCUCCCCUCGACCCCUCCCACCCAACACGCCAUCCCUUACCAGCUGCUCUCCACGCCCACGCCCUCCCAGCCCUUCAACUUUGCAGACUUCGUCAACGUCACUCCCAGCCCGGCCCAGCGAGGAUGGUCGAAUUCAAACGGCGGCACUUCCUCACGCACCCCUCUCAACGCAACCGCUUCCUCAGGACGCACCCCUCGCACACCGCGCACCACAAAGGAGGUUCGCAAGAGACUCAACUUUGACGCCCUAGCGCCUCCCAGUCCCGUCAGAGGCUCGUCGAAGCGUUAUGGUGGUGUCUCCUCCGGUGCUUCUUCAGGUGCUGCUGCUACCGCCACUCAGUCGUCUUCUAAUGCGGCCGGCCUAGCACUACAGCUCGGCGAGGAGUUGCCCGUAUAA